GAGAGAGAUAGACACCCCCCCUCCCCACCUAACAACAACCCCAACCCUGCAGGCUCGAGCAUAACGACCCCACCCCCCCCCCAAACCCCUCUGAGAGAGGGGACGGAGCGCGAGACACACACGCACAGCCGCGGAGAAAAAGACCGACUCGGGAUCCCGUCUCUGCUUCGCCCUCAAUCCGGGCCUAAUGCUGUAGCGGACCGCGCGGGAGGAGAGCGCGAGCGAGAGACAACGCAGAGACAGAGCGAGUCGGCGAGGGACAGGGCGGACCGGGGAGAGACGAGAGACGGGAUUGUUCAUUCGCCUGGAAACAUGGGAUGUACUCUGAGCGCCGAGGAGCGCGCAGCUCUGGACCGGAGCAAGGCCAUCGAGAAAAACCUGAAGGAGGAUGGGAUGGUCGCCGCCAAGGACGUCAAACUGCUCCUGCUCGGCGGCGGAGAGUCCGGGAAAAGCACCAUCGUCAAACAGAUGAAGAUUAUCCAUGAAGAUGGCUUUUCUGGGGAUGAUGUGAAGCAGUAUAAGCCUGUGGUCUACAGCAACACCAUCCAGAGCUUGGCAGCCAUACUCCGAGCCAUGGAUUCCCUGGGCAUCGAGUUUGGAGACAAGGACCGAAAAGCUGAUGCUAAGCUGGUCUGUGAUGUGGUCAGUCGUAUGGAGGACACAGAGCCGUACUCUGCCGAGCUUCUCUCUGCUAUGAAGCGUGUGUGGGCCGAUGCCGGGACUCAGGAGUGCUUCAACCGUGCUCGGGAGUACCAGCUCAAUGACUCUGCUCAAUACUACCUGGACAGUCUAGACCGAAUUGGUGCUGCAGAUUACCAGCCCACAGAGCAAGACAUCCUGAGAACCCGAGUGAAGACCACUGGAAUCGUCGAAACCCACUUCACCUUCAAAAACCUCCAUUUCAGGCUGUUUGACGUUGGAGGUCAGAGGUCAGAGAGGAAGAAGUGGAUCCACUGCUUUGAGGAUGUGACAGCCAUUAUCUUCUGUGUUGCUCUGAGUGGAUACGACCAGGUGCUCCAUGAAGAUGAAACCACUAACCGCAUGCAUGAGUCGCUCAUGCUCUUUGAUUCUAUCUGCAACAACAAGUUCUUCAUCGACACCUCCAUCAUUCUCUUCCUUAACAAGAAAGAUCUGUUUGCUGAGAAGAUAAAGAAGUCACCGCUGACCAUCUGUUUUCCGGAAUACACAGGUGCUAAUACUUACGAAGAUGCUACGGCAUACAUUCAGGUUCAGUUUGAGAGUAAGAACCGCUCUCCCAACAAGGAGAUCUACUGUCACCUGACCUGUGCCACAGACACAGGAAACAUCCAGGUAGUGUUUGAUGCCGUCACUGACAUCAUUAUUGCAAACAACCUUAGAGGAUGCGGCUUAUACUGAAGCCCGGCCAGAAGCACAGAGGUUAUCAUCGAGUGUGUGAGGUGUUAUUUAAUGAUAAUUUUGAUGAUACUUAAACACAUAAAUAUGUAAUUCUACACGUCCAAAUGGACCCAAAGAGCUGCCGUCAGACACCACACCGGAUUAUUGCCAUGAUUUGUUCCCUUCCUCUUAUUUUAAGUAUGACUCCCCACUCCCCCCUCCCUCAGUUCUGUAAUUUAAAAAUGUGUUUUUAAGUUGACUGUUUCGAGCUUCGUUGAUGACUGUGUCACCAACUGGGAAGGCCAGAAGCACCAGGGGUGUAUUCAGCUGCAGCCCUGUCCUGCAACGCUCUCAGAUGCGACAUGAGGAGUGAGCCUUUUCACUCGUAAAUACAGCGUGGGCCCAUUCUUUGUGGCAUCUAAUGUGCUCUGAAUACAGCCUCUGGUGCUCCGCUUGAAGAGCUGCUGUGUGUUGUGUGAAAGUGGAGAUGAUGAUGAUGAUGAAGAUGGUAUCGGGGAGGUGCUGUUCUCGUGGCUGAGGGUCAUGGAUGGAAAGAAGGAGGCUGUUUUGACUUUCCUUCAGACCCACACAUGACUGAGUAGCCUGCAGGUCUGUUCCACUCUGUUUUCUCUUUUUACUUUCAAACAUAAUGAAAGAGAGGAUUCAUCUGUUUAGAGUGGCCGCCCAUCGCCAUCGGUCUCUUGUAGCGUGAGGAAAGACCUAUCAGCCAAUGAUAUCUUUAAAAGAAAAAAAAGACUAAAUAAAAAAAAAAAGUGAUAUUGGUGCCAACCAUCUGAGAAUGACAGAUAGGGGAGUAGGACAGAAAUCAUAGCUCAUUCUAUUGACUAUAAUAUUUAAGUGACAGAUAUUAGAUUUUAUUAUCAUUGAAUGAUUUAUUUAUUUAAGCCUCAUGCCCUACAUGCCUCCUCCUACCUCCUGAAAUCCCGUGCCACAUAUGUUUCCUGUCAUAAAAAGCAGGGGUGCGCCGAUAUCUGCUCAGAGGGUGGAGAGCAGCCCUCAAAUGACAGCUUGUUCUCUGUGUGCUGGUUGACCCUUCGAUGUGAAUCUGUGUAGAAAUAGAAAACCGCACCAGGAGAACAAUGUCAUUCGAGGCAGCUUCUGACCGGGGAGUUUUUUUGUUUUCUUUAUUUUAAAUAAAAAAAUACCCUCUUCUCUCCCCUGAUCAGUGAACAGGGAACUAUUAUCCCCACCGUCUGUCACGUUUCUCUUUGCAUAGAGAAAAAGUGCAGCUCUCCAUUUACACCCGUGCACCCAGAAAUUCAUCUUCCCAUCCCCUGUAUUCUCUUUACCCAUCACAUAUCAGUCCUCAUAUCCUAUCUCCAUUUUCACCUUAAAAGCACCGUACUGUAUAUAUAUAUUAUGAUUAUACCAGAUUUUUUUUUUACUGUGAAUGUUUUCGUGCUGCACCCCAUCCUAUUCAGUAGUUUAUUGGUUGCUCUCAUGUGGAAUGUUUGUGCUGAGCCAAUCGAAUGUUGUGUUUACAUUAAAGCCACACUUUUCCUAACUA